CUCCCAAACUUUUCUUACCUUCUCCGAAAGUCAUGACAAGCGUCAGUGUGGCUGGACGGAGAGACGCCAGAAGGGCUGUGUGGAGCAGGGAGGUGGGAACCUGGGAGCCCGACUGCAGCUGCAUGAAUCGCUCACUGAGCAGCAAAGAGAGGUGUUGAUUUAAGGCUGUGCUUGUGCUGAAAGGUCCCAUUCCUGAAAAAUGACUCAGUCGGUUCAAGUUAACACAAAGUUGCCUGAUCUGGGCUCUCCAUUCAUCUACUCCGGUCAAGAGGAGGCUGACCAGCCAGGCUCCUACUCCGUCCAGACUCCAUAUGGUUUCCAGCUGGAUCUGGAUUUCCUCAAAUAUGUAGAAGAGAUAGAAAGCGGGCACAAUGUCCGCAGAGCACCCGUCAGCUCACGCCGCUCUGGCCGAGGGGUCAGACUCUCCCACAAGAGUCCAGGUGUUGGUGGACGGACCAGUGGGUGGACAUCCACUGAGUCUCUGUCGUCUCCUGCAAGCGAGGAUGGCAGGGCUCCCCCUCCACCCCCACCACGCAACCGCUUGGGGUCAGCACCCUGUGAAGGACUCUCUCUUUCACCUGUGACCCUCCUCGGUGUUCCUCCUCUCUCUGCUGGAGCCAAAGUCCCACCCCCUCCACCACAACGAAACCCCAGAGUUGAGCGGACUCUUCUGGAAACCAGCAGGCGGCUACAACAGGAACAAACCCAUGAGCACCAGAAUGGUGGGCGCAUUCAGCUUGCAGAUCCUCCAAAAAAACAGCUCCUACCCUCCCAGUCCACCCAGCUUCUGCAGAGUAGCUGGACUAAACCCAGUCCUGCAACUUCCGGGCGCAGCACUCCAGCAACUGGCACCUCAGCGACUCCAAUCCCACCCAGCCAGCUGCAGACAGUUAGAGAGCAAAUGGCUAUAGCCUUGAAACAGCUCAAGGAGAUGGAAGACAGAGUCAAGGGUGUUCCUGCACUGGAGAGAGAGGUGGCAAAGCUCCGUGCAGAGAAAGACAUGCUCCUGUUAGCCCUGCAGGACAAGAAAGAAUCCAUGGAGAUGGUCCAGCAGAAACAACCGUCUGCAGAGUCCUCUACCCAAACCACAGAGAGCCUUCACAGUGAUUAUAGUAUCCAUAAUCGUUUGACUACACCAACCUCGCCUGGUCAUAAAGGGCUCGGGAAAUCUGAGGAACUGAAAAGGCUGACUGAGAAAUUUGAAGGGAAGGAAGAGAAAGCUAAAGCGCCUUUAUCUAAUGUUUUAAUACGAGCUCCAGAAAAAGUGUCUGUUGUUGAGAAGCUAUCAGUGGCUGUUGGGGACGAUAUUCCAAUGAACUCUGUAGUUUUCUACUACAGCCAGGGUGUGAAAGACGCAUCUGAAGGCACUAGGGUAAGUGUUUGUGAGAAAGGCACAGGGACAGAGGCCACUCUGGUUCAUGAGCAGGGAACACAGGCCAAAGUAAAGACAGAAGAGGCCGAGGUUUGGGUCAUGGAGUCUUUGCUUGGGCUGACCAGCGAAGCACAGCGAGAGAUUGACACUUUACAGGACACCAUUAAAUUCCAGCAAGAGUCCAUUGUGGCUUUAGAGGACCGGUUGAGUUUCGCAGACAAAGAUCUGGUGAUCCUUAAAGCCAAGAUGGAGGAGAAAACUUCCAAGGUCAUGUAUGAGAAGGGGGUUCUUGCAAAACCAGACACAGCAAAUGCCCAGGUAGAGACAUUGACUUGUGUGUCACAGGAUGCUGCAGUUUUGUGCCGUCCUGAGGCGAGUGAUGCAUGCGUCGGUGAGAGCUUAACGGCAGAUCGAACCGAACAAAGCACGCAGACCGAUACUCCGGAGGAAGCCACGAAACCAGCUCCUGUUGCGGUGGUGAGCAUCGGGUGCCAAUGGGAGACCUUGUUUGAGGAAAAGAAGGAGGCGCACAAAGUAACAUUGCCAAAAAAGAGACAGUUGACCAUCGCCGAAUACAAGGUCUCACCGGCGGAGGAGGUGGUCAGUAUGGCCGAGGAUAAAGAGGAGGAGCAAGGAGAGAACACUGCUGCCAUUAGCACCAAGACGGGUAUGCUGAAAUCAAUCAUGAAGAGGAAGGAUGGGAGUAGCUCAGGCGAGACUCGCUCUCCUGGCAAAAAGAGCCUGCAGUUUGUUGGCAUUCUAAACGGAGGAUAUGAAUCUACGUCAAGUGAGGAAGAGGAGGAGGACGACGUUGGGAGUUCAUCUGGAGAAAGUGGAGAAGGUGAAUGCUUGGACAGCACAGAGGAGGAUGAGGCAGCUCUGGAUGAAGAAACUUCUGAGGAGGAGAGAAAUGUCAACCUGGACGAGAGUGACACUGACGAGGAAAUGCUGAGAGCCACAAAUGAUUCAUCUGAUUCUGUGAAAGAGAAGUUUGAGUUGAGCUCAAAAAUGCGUGAAGCCUGCCUCAUCAUGAAGAACCACCUUAAUGAUGACAUCAAAACACUGAAGAGUAAGGAAGUGCUCGCCAGCACCCACACCGUCCAGCUCGAGUGGUUCCGUAUCUCAAGUGCAAAAAUGGCUCAGCCCUCACGGGUCUCAGACUACCUUAUGGCGUUCUCUGAGGUGUCGUCAGUUCUGCUGGAGCACGUUGUCAACAUGACCGAUGGCAACGGCAACACGGCUCUGCACUACAGUGUCUCCCACUCCAACUUUGGUGUUGUGGGGCUGCUGUUGGACACAGGCGUCUGCAGUGUGGAUAAACAGAAUAAGGCAGGAUACACAGCCAUCAUGCUGGCCGCACUCUCUACUGUGAAGGAGGAAGACGACAUGGCUGUGGUCAAGAAGCUGUUUGGUCAGGGCAACGUCAACGCUAAGGCCAGCCAGGCUGGCCAGACAGCGUUGAUGCUAGCUGUUAGCCACGGUCGUCAGGAGAUGGUACAGGCCCUGCUGGAGUGUGGUGCUGACGUCAACGUGCAGGAUGACGAGGGAUCCACGGCUCUGAUGUGCGCAAGCGAACACGGCCGUGCUGAGAUUGUCAAGCUGCUCCUGGAACAGCCUGGCUGUGACAUAUCCAUUGUUGAUAAUGAUGGCAGCAACGCUCUGUCCAUCGCACUCGAGGCAUCUCACAAUGACACAGCUGUGCUGCUCUACGCCCACAUGAACUAUGCUAAGACCCAGCCUGCUGUGGGGAGUCCGAAGACCCAGCCCAGGAGCCCCACCAGCCCCACCAAACCCUAUCCUUCAGACUGACGGACUGGAGGAGGACAGAGCAGCGAACAUAACUGGAUCUGAGCUUUGAAACGCUCCACUGGAAUUUAGUUAAAUAUAUAUGUAUUUAUAUAUUGCCAUAUGCCCUGCAUUUAUAAGUAUUGUUCAUAUGAGAAAUAUUAUUUUUCCAUAAUGGUUUUUAUUAAGCACUAUAUGUAGACUAAUAUGAGCUCCUAACAUGUCUAAAUGAGGUCAGGAGAUCAGAGACCUUACAUUUAUUGUUUGCACUCCACUAAUGUUUUACUGUAAUGGGCAACACACAAAGGAGGCAUCACUACACGUCCAAAAAUCCUUUGCCAGGUGAACCGCACAUUGACCCAACACUACGGUCAUGUUACGUCAGCGUUUUACUGUAUAUCCCAGUGUUGAUGCUGAGUGGCACGUCAUGCAAACUUCUGUCUGCAUGACAUGUGCAGUGUGUUCUACAGACAUCAAAUGUCAUGACACUGUCAUGUGUUGCCAUCUAGUCUUCCCUUUCUGUAGUGCCUUGAUUAACUGAUCUGUGAACCUCUUCACUGUCAUAGUCUGCACUAACUGUCUGUGCAUUGUAUGUUCAUAUAAAUAUUUACAUUUAAGUAUAUAUAUAUUCAUGUCUGAAAUAAACAUAUUUACAAAAAUGUU